AUGGCUUCUGGAUCAGAGGACAACCUGUGCUGUCCUGUCUGCCAUGAAAUCUUUCGAGAUCCUGUCCUCCUGUUAUGCAGCCACAGUUUCUGUAAAGCCUGCUGGCAGCAGUGGUGGACGGGGAACCCAACAGAGUGUCCGGUCUGUAAGAGGAGAUCCUCGUUGUACGAUCCACCUCAAAACUUGGCUCUAAGGAAUCUGUGUGAGGCUUUUUCAAAGGAGCAAACGGAGAGUCCUUCAGCCGGCUCUGCAGGUCUCUGCAGCCUGCACUCUGAGAAGCUCAGGCUCUUUUGUCUGGAUGAUCAGCAGCCAGUGUGUGUCGUCUGCCUGCACUCAGAAACGCACAAAAACCACAGCUUCAGUCCCGUCGAUGAAGCUGCUCAGGCGUACAGAAAGACACUUCACCAACUCCUGAAGCCCCUACAGGAGAAACUGGAGCUCUUCAAGGACAUUAAAGGAAACUUUGAUCAAACAGCAAAAGACAUUGAAGUUCAGGCAGAAAACACAGAGAAGCAGAUUGAGGACAUCAUUUUAACACUUCAGAUGUUUCUCCAAAAGGAGGAGCAGGUAAGAAUUACUGCACUGAGGACGGACAAGCAGCAGAAGACUCAGACGAUGAAGAGGAAGAGUAAGGCUCUGAGAAAUGAGAUAGAAGCUCUUUCAGACACAGUCACAGCUACAGAGGAGCUGCUGAGAACUGAAGAUCUCUCAUUCCUGCAGAGGUACAAGACUGCAGCUGAAAUCGUCCACAGUUUCACGCUCAGUGACCCACAGCCCACCCCAGGAGCUCUGAUAGACAUGGACAAACACCUGAACAACCUGCCCUUCCGAAUCCUGGACAAGAUGCGGAUGCAGGUGACCAACACCUCAUGA